AUGGGAAAGAACAGCAAUGUUUCCAAGCUGGAGGGCUCUGGAGAACCUCUACCCAAGCUCUCUGCCAGUGAAUUCCGAGCUUACAAUCGUUUGGCAGAGCAAAUGGACGCAUUUCACAAUCACUUCCGCAUGACAUGGAACCAACUACAGGACGCUUGUACUGCUGCUGGUAAGCGGCCUUCGGGACUCUCUGCCCGCCAGAUGAUCAUGAUGGGUCUUCAAUUCUGCUCGCAAUUGGACUUUCACCAUUCGAUUGAAGAGCAACAUAUCUUCCCGGUCUUGGCAAAGAGGAUGCCAGAGUUUAGAAAGGAGCUUGAGUUAUUGACCCAACACAAACAGAUUCAUGCUGGUCUUGAGAAGUUGGAGUCGUAUCUUGAGAAAUGUCGGUCUGGUGAGGAAGACAUGCGACGCGAAGAGGUGAAACGAUUGAUGGAUGCAUUCGGAGAGGUGUUGUGGACUCAUCUCGAUCAAGAGGUGAAGACAUUGGGUGCAGACAAUAUGCGCAACUACUGGUCAAUCCAGGAAGUUGCUAAACUCCCAAUGUAG